UGAAGUCCAAUCCAAUAAUGCAACAAAAACAAAUGUCAUUUCUCUGUUUUCAUUCUCAAUGUUAUUCUUUGUAAUGCGUUAUCUUAAAAAUAAAUCUAUCAUGGUGAUAUAGAAAACGAGGAUUAUACAUUUUAUUAUCAUAAUAACAAACUUGCUGAUUUUUAUUUCCUCUAUUGCACCUUUACUCUUAAAUAGGUUCGUCGCUCCGCGGGCGGGGCAAAAUGUCGCCUCGGAAACAACCAAUUAGCUUAUUUAAAAUGUGCGUUAAAAGUUGCAUUACUCUAAUAAAUUCAGCUUGUUAUGUUAUUGAAAAAAGUUAUCCCGAAAAUAUGUUUCAUGAGUGUGAGAGACAGGCGUUCGAAUUGAAGUGCUACUUGAUGUCGAUGCUGCCUGUCAGGUUAUUUGAUGUCCUCUGUUCGGAAAGAACAUGCUGUCAAUACCGAGGUGACCCUCGUAUCCAACUCCACGUACUCACACACCCCAACAUGACAGUCUUCCGCAAAUGCGACCUCGAUAAUGGAAUACCCCAGGGAUUCUGGAUCGAAACCAUCUCAAAUUUUAACCGUUUAGCUGUACUUGAUCUGAAGUUCAUAUGUACAGAUGAAAUUCUUCAGGUUGUCGGCAUAAGUUGUCCUUUACUGGAAGAAAUCAAUAUUGUCUCUAGGGUAGACAUUUGCAAAUCACUUUUCAAUGCUUCUGUAUUAAUAAGAAAUGUGUCAGAUGCUGGUCUUUGUUCAAUUGCAAAUUUAAAGCAGUUGCGAGUACUAGCAAUGGAUCCGCCUAGGAAUGAGCGAGCAAUUCGGGUAGGUCGUUGUGUGUCACAAGCAGGCAUCAUUAUGUUGGUUAGUGAGCUUCCAUAUUUAGAGGAAUUACGGAUAGAGUCAUGUGAUAUUGGUUCCACAUUGAUUGGUACGGCUAUGGAAAUAGGUCCAUUGAGUCUUAGGAAAAUUAACUGCCAUUUCGCAUCAGCUGAUGGUAUACGAAAAUUAAUAAAAAUCUGUCCCUUCCUUAGGGAAUUAUCAGUUACUCAUGUCUUUGAACAUAAUAAGGAUGCUAUAUUGGAGCAAAUCUCAAUGAGUGAUUUGAGGCUAAAUAGGUUAGAUUUGUCAUUCUUCUCUUAUACAGAUUCAAUGCAGCAACUAUUAUGCAUAAAGGGCACAUAUUUAACCCACUUUUCAUUGUGGGAAAUCGACAAUUCACUGACAAUGGAUGCUGUUUUAUCUAUCGGUAGAUGUUGUCCGAAUCUCAGCUCUUUAUGCCUAAUGACCCAAUCGAAGUGUUUAGUUAUCCCCAGACAUUUCCGAAGGCCCGAGAAAAUAUUCUCAGAACUAAGAAAUUUGACGAUAGGCAAUGAAAAUUUUAAUAUUGGUCACAUAUUGACUUUCUUCUUUGAGUGCACACAGAAUUUAGAAAAGUUAGUGAUAAAAUAUCAAACCAAUAUAAAUAUUGAUGAAACUUUAACACAUUUAUUAGAGAAAGGCUGUUUAAAAAAUAUACAUUGUCUAUGGUUGGAUUGUACUUUAGAAGUAUCCAAAGAUGUAGUGAAACGAAUAAUAAGUACAUGUGAAAAGCUUCAAAUGUUUACAGUUGACUUUAUGGAAGAAAUGAAUGACGUGCACAAGUACAUAAAUGAGAAUAAUUUGGACUUGAAAUUGGGUACUUAUUAGUUGUUAAAUAUUCAUACUUUGUAUUUACUGUAAUAUAAUAUUUUAUUUAAAUUAAAUAUUCGCUAUUUUUUAAA